AGCUGUCUGCAGCUUCCCAGCGCCGCCGCGUGAGGUCGCUGUUCUGCGCGCUGCAUUCACGCAUUCAACGCACAGACGAGAAAUUGAAAGUGUGCAUUAUUUUUGUCGACGUACAGUUAUCAGUCUCGUCUCGCAUCUACUGAAUGUGUUUACCUGAAUAGAAUUAUAGUAGUCAUAUUUAGGCGGUUUCAUCUCUGUGUUAAUGCUGGAAGUCGGCGGUGGUUCGCAGAUAUGCACGCAGCAGGAUGGAUAUUAUGUGACUCGUGUGAGAACUGACGAGAUGAUGAUGGCCCAGGGAGAGAAAGAUCCAAAACAAACCAGCCAGGUCGUGCUGGUCAAGAAAAUCAUAAUGAAGCAUGACAACCCGGUCCAGCAGGGAAUUGGAAAGCCCAGCGUGUAUCAUGCCGUCGUGGUCAUUUUUCUAGAAUUCUUUGCCUGGGGUCUCCUCACGACGCCCAUGCUGACUGUUUUACAUGAAACAUUCCCCAAACACACUUUCUUAAUAAACGGCCUCAUUCAGGGCGUGAAGGGUCUGUUGUCAUUUAUGAGCGCGCCAUUGAUCGGCGCCCUAUCAGACGUGUGGGGCAGACGAUCGUUUCUAUUGGUCACUGUAUUCUUCACCUGUGCCCCCAUACCUCUUAUGAGACUCAGUCCAUGGUGGUAUUUUGCCAUGAUAUCCAUGUCCGGCGCGUUUUCCGUCACCUUCUCUGUCAUAUUUGCGUACAUCGCAGACGUUACGGAUGUGCACGAAAGGAGUACCGCCUACGGACUCGUUUCUGCGACGUUUGCAGCCAGUCUUGUGACGAGCCCGGCCAUCGGCGCGUACCUCUCGGCUAGUUAUGGAGACAAUCUGGUGGUGCUGUUGGCGACGCUUAUCGCGCUGGCCGACAUCUGUUUCAUUCAGCUGGCCGUGCCAGAGUCUCUGCCGGAUAAAAUGAGACUGAAUACCUGGGGAGCGCCGAUAUCAUGGGAACAAGCCGACCCUUUCGCUUCUUUAAGGAAGGUUGGACAGGACACAACAGUUCUUCUCAUUUGUAUCACAGUAUUUUUGUCGUAUCUCCCAGAGGCGGGCCAAUACUCCAGCUUUUUCCUCUACUUACGCCAGGUCAUUAACUUCUCGCCCAAAACGAUCGCGGUGUUCAUCGGCGUGGUGGGAAUUCUCUCCAUCCUGGCGCAGACUCUGUUUCUCACUUUAUUGAUGAGAACCAUUGGAAACAAGAACACCGUUCUCUUAGGUCUGGGUUUCCAGAUUCUUCAGCUGGCCUGGUACGGUUUGGGCUCUGAGCCGUGGAUGAUGUGGGCGGCCGGGGCUGUAGCCGCUUUGUCCAGCAUUACGUUUCCAGCCGUCAGCGCUUUAGUGUCCCGCAGCGCAGAUCCAGAUAAACAGGGGCUGGUUCAGGGAAUGAUCACCGGUAUUCGAGGUCUCUGUAAUGGUCUGGGUCCUGCACUCUAUGGUUUCGUUUUCUUCCUCUUUAAUGUGGAAUUGAACGGCAUAACGCCAAUCGAAGCGGAUUAUUCCAUCCCUCUCCAACCCUCCAAUGAGACGAUGAUCCCCGGUCCUCCGUUCCUCCUCGGCGCCUGCACGGUUGUGGUUGCUUUUAUAGUAGCUCUGUUCAUACCGGACAACCCCACGCCACCGGCCACGCCCUGCACGACCCUUAAGAGUACCGCCUGCCUGGCUGGAGCCCACACCAACACCCCGCUGCCCGGGAGCGAUGAAGACUUCGAACCCUUACUGGAGGACAGCAAUGUGUGACAAGCAAAACAAAAAAGAAACGAUAAGCUGGUUAACACAUGACAAACGCCCUGUGGCUAAUGUAUUUAUUUUUCGGAUUCUGUUGUUUUUAAUGGUGAUGGUCAGUAUAAGUUUUGCACUCAGAGGAUUUCUAUUGAACAUUUAACAGUGUUCUACAUCAAACUGAAUCGACACAUUAAGGGCUUUAUUAUAAGUGGAAUCGGAUGGGCUGUAGAAAGAAUCGAGUUUACCUUCUGGCUGGUUCUUGAGGAACCUGGAGGCCUUUGGUUUGCUUGAUUCUUCUGAAGUUUAAAGCCGAGCUCUUCGUGUGUGUAGAUAUUGGGCAAAGUGCAUUAGAAGAUAUCGUCGAUGGAGAUUAUUAUGGUUUGAAGCAUAUCGUUACUGUCAGUGAGAUUCAUGAUACAGCUGAAUUCUCGCAAUAACAUUUCACCCCAAAAUGAAAAGAAAACACAUUUUGUAGAAAUUUUAGGACCGUUGAGAUAUGUUUGCAUUGUGCAUUAUUAUUCAUCAUAAUUAUUGCUAGAUUUUUAUGUGUGUCAUUGUUUUACUGUAUUAAAAUACAAAUCUUAAGCAUAUAAUAAGCAUAUUUUAAAGAAAGCAUUGAAUAACGACAUCACAAAAUACUGUUCAAAAUAGUAAAGGUAAUUUCAAGAUACAUUUAAAUACAAACGCAAAACACAUUUUUAGGUUUUUAAAGCUUUAUUUAAUGCAAAAUGUCUUUUGAUUUUGGGGUGAGGUGUGCCAUGUUCUUGACGGGUUUUGUUCCUAGAGAGUGAGAUAAGAGAGAUGAAUAUGAUGGUAUCGGCAGACGGAUUGCUUGACUGUCUGCAGUGCUCGAGUAAACACAAGCCUUAAAGUCACAUAUCCUGUUGAAUAGAUCAGAAAUGAAGCCGGUCGGAUGAGCAGUAUUUCAUCCAACCGGAUGUUCAGACACUAGAGGAUAUUUGCCGUUACUCAUGCUAACAUAGUUCUUUCAAGUCAGUUAGUUAUAUUAUACUGUAUGUAUAAAGCCCUGUUUACACAAAGGACAAUACUACAGUAUAAAGUGAUACAAGAAUGAUUCAGUUGAACGAUAACGUUGGAUCACUUUUUUAGAGGAUGAACGAUAAAAUGUUGACAGCCAAUCAAAAUCCGUAACAUUUAAAAGGACUUGUGCAUUUAAAAUGUGAAACUUAAAAUGUGAUGAUAUAACGUUAGCGCCCAUUGACGGCUUGAGGGCGUCUGUGUGUUUUCUAUGCAGUAGUUUUAGUAACUGUCAAUCAUAACAACUUUGUCUCAAGUUGUUAAGUGACCCAAUUUAGUUUCCUCAUACAUGUCCCAUGACAUCUGUGAGCAAUUCAUCGUAAGGAAGAUUUAGUUAUGAUUGUAUUCUUAAUGUUUCUUUGAAAUUGAUUUUCAGCUGAAGUAUUAUAUUUUCUAUAUCAUCCAUCACAGGCCUGUAGCGUUUUACAGCAAACUGAAGUAAACAUUAUCAAUAGAUAAAAAUACAUAAAUAUCCUUUCUUAUUGACUUUGAACUCUUGGACUUCAGAGAAUUCCCGGUAUUCUAUACAUUUUUAAAGUAAAGUAAAUUAUGCAGUUUUGCUUAAAAUAUUUGUAUGUUUUCUGUAAAUGUAACUUUCUUCAUUUUUACACUCAUGGAAAAUCUGCAUUUGUUGGAGUAUAUAAUAUAUAUGUUGGAUAUAUAAUAAUACUCAAUUCCUUUCGGUAUAUAAAUGAAGGACAAUUAUGAAAAAGUAGCCAACACACCAGCUACCUCAUUUUUGGAGGUUUUGUGGAAUGAUGUGAGAUUUGAUCAAAAAAGGACUAAAUGUUUAUUUUUUAAAUCUACUUUUCUUCUUCUGUAUAGUCACAUUCCAUUCUCAUAUUACCGGAUUUUUUAUCAGUUUUUCACUUUCAUAUUUGCUGAUGUUUUUCGAUUUUAGGCUUCCCAAGUCGACAAGUUCCCAGUCGAAAUGCUUGUGCAUUUACAGAAUGACUAUUUGCUAAAGGAAUCUGUUGAAGUCCAUUGUGUGUAAAACAAACAAAAAAGAGAUCAAAAGAGAUUGAGAAGCUGCAGGUGGUAUUUAGUCUGACCUGCGCCAGCUACUUCCUGUUUGUUAAACGCAUCAUUACCAGACACAUCAAGCAUUCCACAGAAACACAACGAAAGCCCUAGUUUUCCUUUCCCAAAACCUUCGGUGACCCCAGAAACGAUGAUUAGAAUCCAAAAUGUUACCUCCCAUCAUUUAUCUCAGCCUUUGACCUUUUUGUCUGGCAGUUUUACAUUAUCAGAAUUCUGAGUCGUAUUAUUAUUAUGCAGCAAAGCAGUGUGAAAGAUCUUGUGGAAAGCUUGAAACUGAGAUCUUGUGGAAAGAUUGCGAAAAUGUCCAUGCCAAGAUGGAUAAACGCUUGGUACCGGCCCAUGUUUGGGUUUUGUAUAAAUAGGAUAAAAUGUGCACAGCUUGUAACAUCAAUGUAUUAUAACGAUGGUCAUAUGAAUAAUUUUAGGAUUGUACAGUAUUGUAUAUGUGUUGAAUAGUAUCAAGCAAAAAACCCUUUUACAUGUUGUCAGAGCUGAAAUAUUUUGGAACAGAAUGACAGGUUCCAAAUAUCUCUCAUGCAGAUGUAACUGGUGUCGUCUGCAAAGCACGUAUAUAGUUAAUUUAGUUUUUUAAAGAUUGCUCUGAACAUGUUGGUGCCUGAAGUGUAGACAUGUUGGUUUUAGUAUGUAAGCAUGUAAAUAACGAAACACAUGGAGCAGCUAUUACACAUGACUAAUAUGAUGUACAGGAGGACAUUGAUGUAUUUAUUGUCUGUAUUGUGGGAAUCUAUUAAAUAUUUGCAAAUGUGAAAUAAAAGAACACAAGA